AUGCUGAGCAUCUCCUGGCUUUUCACGUCUUUAAACCACCAGCAAGGGAAGCGAGGCCUUGCUGCAGCCGUCGCAUGUUUAGCAUGCGUCGGUAUUCUUGCUUAUUGCGUUUCAGCUAGUCAUUCGAUAGGUAAUCUUGGAUAAAAGUAUAAUUUUAAUAAAUCCUGAUCGAUUUCAGUGUUGAUGUCAGCGAUGUGGAUAACAAUUUUUGCGUUUUGUUCGGUGUUAGCCUCGUUAUAUUCAAUGUCAAUAACGAACAAGCCGAUGGAUAAGUUUAGUUAUGGGCUAGCUAGAGUUCCUGUACUUGCAGUCUUUAGUACAACGGUGGGGUUGUUGAAAGUUUUCUGAAAAAGUCUUUUUUGCAGGUUUUGGCUCAGUUGUUUUCAAUCUUUCUCUCGAAAGAGUCAUUCGAACAUUUGCUGGCUCCAGAUCACCAUGGAACUCAUGACGCUUCCGCCGCUCAUGAACAUGAAGCUGAAGCUAUUGGUAGUUGAAAAAGUUGAGGGAAGAAAAACUAUCAGAGUUAUUUUCAGGCGGUUGGCCUUACUUUUUCGGCGCGAUCGCCUCGUCAGUCGCUCUUCUUCUUUCAGCAUAUGCUUUGAAAAAUCAACCAUUUCAGCAUGUUUUGACUGCUGCGAGUAGUUCGAGUCUUCAGGUGGUUAUUGAAAUCGAGAAAGUGUUUAUUUUUGUCUGUUUUUCUAGACUUUAUGAGUCUUUCCGUUCAAAAAUGAAGUUUUGUUCGAAUUUUUGAAAUCUCUGAUUUUAUUCCGGUGUAUAUAUAUUUUAGUUUUAGAAGUUAUUUGAGGUUAGAGGAAACUGAGCCAAAGUAUAAUAAUGUGAGCCACUACUUUAUGGCAAAGAUAAACUUUUUUUUUCGAAACUGUCUGAAUUUUCAAUAGUCUCUAGUUCAAAAAAGGUCUAAAGUUGAUUCAAUUGAAGCCAAUAUCGGAUGUUUCAUGUAUUUUUGUGCCAUAUAUAUUAAAUAAUAGUUCAGGAACACGCGGCCGACCUGAGCCAUGCCGUUUGUUGGGCGGUCCCCGGCCUCUCCCGGCUCCUUUUGCCUCGAAUCAACUCGAUGGUUCUUCUGGCAGCAACCUCGAGCUUUUUAUUGCUUCUUUGUGAACAUUUCAAGUGAUUUCAAAACAUUAUUUCAUGCUUUAAUAUUUUUCUAGGCACGAUUUUGCCUGGGCUGAUCCAGUCUGUUGCCUCAUUUUAUCGGUCGCUGUUUUCUCGACGAUGUGGCCUUUGUCAACGUAUACUGGAAUGAUUUUACUUCAAACCACUCCGCCUCAUCUUAUCAAUCAAAUUGACAGGUUUUUUUUUAAUUUAUAGAUGCUAAAAUGUGCUUCAGAUAUCACUUGAAAACGAUUUUUUGUUCAAUUUUAUCGCUUGAGAUUUGUUUUUUGGCGUUUCAAAGCAGAGAAUGUUAAAUUUCGAGUACCUUUCAUCUCUAAUGAGAAAUUCGAGUAGAAAAUCUUUAAAUUUUUUUUUUCUUGGGUUUUGAAAGAAUAAUUUUUUCUCCCGUUCGAAUUUCAAUUUUCGAGAUUUUUUUAGUGCUAAAUUUUCUUCAAGAAUGCUGAAAAGACGGGUUUUCAUUAUUAUUUUUUUGGUUUGAGAGCCCUUUUUGACAAUUUUUGAAAUAAAGAAUGUUAACUUUUUUUCGAGAAUUUUUUACCUAGUAUAAGAAAUUUGAGUAGAAAAAUUUUUCAUAUUACUUUUCUUUCCUGUAGUUAGAAAACGUCGUGGGAGAAUAUUUUCAGCUGUUCGAAUUUUAAUUUCAUUUUUUUAAAAAAAUUUGAAAAAAAUAGUUGUUCAUUUUUUUAUCUUGAUGAUGAAUAGGCAGAUUGGCAUUGAAAUUCUUUUUUUAUUCUGAAUUUUUUUGAAGUUUCGAUCUAAAAAAACAAAAAAAUUAAAUAUCUCUGACAGCAAAUCACGUUUUAAAUUGAGCCGUUCCUAAUCUUUUCAAGGAAUUAUCAGAAUUUAUCAACUGUUUUUUACCUUCUCGAUGUAUUUCAGAUGUAUAUCUGAAGCAUCGACGGUCGAUGGAGUUUUGGAGCUAAAGUCAGGAAGAUUUUGGCAGCUGGAUUUCAACCAAUUGGUCGGGAGUGUGGACGUGAGGGUUCGACGGGACGCCGACGAGCAGAAUGUCCUGGCUCUGGUCACCGAGAAGCUUUCCUCGGUUAUCAGUGUCCUCACCGUUCAGGUUAGUAUAGAUAAUGCUUUCCACCAUUUUCAGUAUCUUAGACCUGGUUUUCGAGAAAAUUGUUAGUUGCCACUUUAGGGUUUUGACGUUUUAGGGGUCACUAUAGUUGUCAAAUUAGUGGCCUCUCUAGAAGACUAUUUAGUAUUACUAGAUCUUCAAAACGACUAUAGUGGCUUCUAUAAGGGCGGUUUUAGUGACCAUUUCAGGGUUUCGAUAUUUUAGUGACCGCUGAAGUGGUCGAGUUAGUGGCCACUAUAGUGUAAUUUCCAACGUGUCCUUGAGGAAACACUAAAGUGGUCCCUCGAAUUUUUCCUAUCUUCUCUUUGAUGCGCGCUUUUUGAAGGCGUAUUCACAGAAAGAGAAGCCAUGCGCUUCGAAGAAAAAUGGUCUUGUCAUUCGAAUGAAAAAUGUGAAAAACAUAAUUUUUCCUGUUUUUCAAAUUUAAUUUUUUUAUUUUUACUAGGCAUAUCUUAUUCUGUGAUUAUCACAUAGCUUUUUUUCAAGAACAUGUUUCAGUGAAAUGAUUUGCAAAAACUUUUUAAUUUCAAAUUUAUUAAUUAGAAUUCUGCUCGAAUUUUUUUGAAAUUUCGAGCACUAGAAACCUUUGACAAAGAAGGUCAUUUCACUUUGCGUUUGGGAAUUUCCUGAAAUUCGGUUAGAAGUCAGCAAUCAUAGAAGUACCAAAAAAGAUUACGAGAGCUCUAAACUACCCAAAUCCCUACUUUUUUGGUGGUAUGAAAAAAAGACCAGCGAAAACUUGAACGGCGACUUUUCCGCUUUUUCUAUAUCGCUAGGGAACUUUCCGGCGAAUCUCUUUCCAACUUUUUUUUCUUUAUAUUUUUCGGUUUUUAAAAGAUCUAUAUAUUAACAUUUUUUGUCCUAUUUUUUGUUUUGUUUUAAUCAUGAACCAAUUACCUACUUUAUAUAGGAAGAUUUAAAACGAGCAGUUUAUCGAGAAAAAAAGUCGGAAAAGGAUUCGUCGGAAACUUCUCCGUCCGAAAGCUCCCUAGUGAUAUGAAAAAAUCAGAAAAGUCGCCGUUCGAAUUUUCGCUGGCAUUUUUUUCAUACCACCAUUUUUUUUAAAGUAAGAACGUUUUAAAACCCAAAGAGAACCUCAAAACCCACAAAAUAGGCUAUUUUAGGUCUUUGAGCCCACAUUAUUCAAAAACUGGAACUUUGUGCAGAUUAAGGAUCUUUAUAGGUACACAUUUUAAGAAAUUCCCUAUUUUUUUAUGGAUUCUUCCUCCAAUUCCAAUAUUUUUCCAGGUUGUGAAAGACGCCGCUUGGUCGGCUCAGGAUCAAUACAGCGGAGGAUCUGUUUCUUCUUUCUCUAAUUUCAAGGUUUUUGUUGAUUUAGAUUUUUUAGUCUUAUGUCAUUUUUCAGGAAACUUCCCACGGUCAUAGCCAUGGCGGUGACGGAAACUGCGAAAGUGAUCAUGGUUGGUUUUUUUUAUUAAUGGAAAAUUAUCUGUUUAGCUUUAUUUGGGCUUUUAUAUGACUUUCCAGUUUACUAGGGUUUUUUUUUUCAUUCGGCACUUUGAAUAGAAGACUCGUUUUUGUUAAAAAUUUUCCUUAAGAGGAACAUUUUUAUCUGUCAAAUGAAGGGAUUGUCUGGUUUCUGGUAAAAACCCUCAAGUUAACACUCUGGCUUUUUUUUGAUUUUAGAAACUGUUCGUCUUAUGAAUUUACCAAAGUUUUCGAUCUUUCAGAAUAUUUUUCCGUAGUUCAUAAGACUAAUACCUUAUGGUAGGUGAAACGAAAGAUUAUCCAUUUUUUUCGGGAAUUCAUCAUUUUCGGCUGUUAUGUACUUUAUUAGAAAAGAUACAGUGAUUAAUCGAGAAUUAUUCAUUUGAUCGUCAGAUUGACUAGAUGUUUUUUUACUGUUUCUGAGAAAUAAUUUAAUACUUUAAUUUUUUUGUUUUUUUGGACAGUCUAUGACGCACAGUGUUCCAAAAAGAGACGGCGGUAAGCGAAAAAGGUCGUCGCAAUGGGGCGAAAACGCGAGUUUUUUUCUAACGCAACGCGGUGCGGCGCGUGUCACCCCCACAAAAUUUCAUUCACUUUUAAUACGGUUUUUUUCUCUUUUUUCUUGCGUAUUUUACCAUUCUUUCGUAUUUUUUUCACGCUGUAUGUGUUCUUAAAACGUGUUUAUCGCGUUUUUCCAGAGAUUUGAAGUGAUUUUUCGAUUGUUCUCGUCACAGAAAUUUGCAUUAAAAUGACAUUUUUUUGAUGACAACUUAUUUCGCAUAAGAUAUUUCGUUUGUUUUUUUGUUUUAGAAUUUUUCAAAUGGACUUUCUUAAGAGAAACGCUGUGAGAUUUUUUUCUCAAAAAUUUUUCGAGGCAGUAUUCGACGAAUUUAUUCGUCAUUUUUGGGUGACAACUUUAUUCGUACAAGCUAUUAUGUAUCUGUUUUUUUGUUUUUGAAACGUUCAAGUGGUAUUUCUUAAGAGAAGUGCUGUGAGCUUUUGUCUCACUUUUUUUCCCUUUGGAAGUUCGAUUUGACGAGUUUUUCCUAAAAAAACGACAUUUUUGGGAGAUAUUUUGUUUUGCAAAAAAACUUUUUUUCGUCUCUUUCUUCAUUUAAAUUUGUUCGUUAUAAUUAUAUACACAUUAAAAAAAUCUUCGAAAAACUUGCGAUAGCCUAGGAAAAAAACAUCAUUUAAUGGUCUUUUUCCAACCACUAAAUCCACAAAAACUUGACUCUCAUUCCCGCGCCCCUAUUGCAAUAAACCGUGCCGCUGUUGCAGUCAGCCACGCCUACUGACCACAGCUGCCGCUCGUUUGGGAACACUGUGUGACGUUAUUGUGGAGAGGAACAGAAAAGUUGAUCAUUCAGCAAAAUGUUUUUCGAGCGCAGAAAAUUAGCGCUUCAAGAGUUCACUUAGGGCACUGGAAAAUUCUUUAGUGAGCUUUCAAUACUCUUGAAAACACGGUUCAAAAAAGAAAUCUCUUCUAAAAAUGACGUUUUUCUUUCCUUUCAGUGUUUUAUUAGUGAUUUUUUUCAUUCCUGCUGAUUUCAAUAUAUACAAAAGAGUUGGAUUUUUUUUGUGUUGGAGUGUGAAAAUUUAUUCUAGGUUUGGAUCUUCGAAAGUUAGAGAGCAUUCAAAAAAUGAGAGGGUAGACUUUUUUUUUCUCUAACCUUUUGUUUACAAGUGCUCUCUAACUUUCAAAGGUUUGAGCGAAUCUAAGAACUCAUCCACAGGGAAGAAUUUGUGACUUUUGAGAUCAAUUUUCUAAGAUAAUUUCACUAUUCUGAAUUUUUCUAGGCCACGACCACCACCAUGAUGACGGCCACGGCCAUAGUCAUGACCAUGGCUCUCAUGGACACUCUCACGACAACGAAAGUCAUCAUAAUCAUAAUCCUCAACAAAUCCUGAACAACUACAAUGCUCCGCCGCCGCCUCAGGCCUAUUAUCAGCCGGUUCCGACGAUCCCCACAGCUUAUCAAUAUCCUCCGCAACCUGUGAAUGACCACGGCCACAGCCAUGGAUCUCAUGGCUCCCAUGGACAUAGUCAUGACGGAGUUAUUUAUCAUUAG